AUGGAAGAAGCCAACAAAAACAAAGACGUUAAUCUCCUAGAGAAAUCCAUCCGGGAAAAAGAAGUCCAGGAUGAAAACAACACAGAUUCCGAUGUAGAUUCGCACACCGAAAUCUUGCGGGCUGCCGGUAUAGGCAUAGCCAAAGAUGAUCCUACUGAACCCGUUCUCACUCUUCGUAUGUGGGUGCUAGGAAUUUCCUUUUGUGUCCUCAUUAGCGGGUUGAAUACACUGUACACGCUUCGCACACCUUCCUUGACAAUUUCAGGCUCGGUCGUACUCUUAUUGACCUAUCCCUUGGGAAAGCUUUGGGAGAAAGUCAUCCCGAACUGGACUUUUCCGCUAGGAAGGUUGGCAUUUGAUCUCAAUCCUGGCCCUUUUAAUACAAAGGCAAGUCCGCUGGAGCAUGUUUUAAUCUUCAUAAUGUCCAACCUCAGUAUUUACGUUCGUCUCGGCGCUGAUGUUCUGACGGAGCAGCAAAUGUUCUACGGCUACAAGGCAGGAUGGGGAUUCCAAAUCCUCAUUACCUUCUCCACAUUCCUGAUCGGGUUCUGUCUUGCUGGAUUAUUCCGGACAAUUGUUGUCGUGCCCGAAGAACUGAUCUGGCCUGGAGUUCUGGGUGUUACUGCGCUGACCACAACGCUGCAUCAUGUCAACCAGGAACAAAUGCAAGUGCGUUACAAUACAUGGAAAAUGUCUCGCUAUGCCUUCUUCACUGUGGCAUUUUGCAUCUCGUUCUGCUGGUAUUGGUUCCCGGACUUCAUCUUCCCGGCGCUUAGCUAUUUCAGCUUUCCGUGUUGGAUCAAACCUAACAACAAAGUGGUCAAUCAGAUCUUCGGAAUGAGCUCCGGAAUGGGACUGUUGCCGAUUACCUUUGACUGGAGUCAAAUAUCUUACGUUGGGUCUCCCUUACUCAUUCCGUCGUGGGCAGUUCUCAACGUCUUUGCUUCCCUGGCGUUCUGGAUUUGGAUUGUGGCUGUUGCUUGUUACUAUACCAAUGUUUGGAACACAGGUUAUCUACCUUUUCAAAGCUCUCAAGUGUUCGACAAUACUGGAAGUACAUACAAAGUCAAAAAGAUUGUUAAUGUGGCUUCAGGUUACAAGCUCGAUGUUAAGAAGUACAUUGCUUACUCGCCGGUCUAUAUGCCAGUUACCUACGCGUUGAACAUGUUUGGGCUAUUAUUUGCUACCUUGAGCGCUCUUCUUGUUUGGGUGAUCCUUGAAAGGCGUCAAGUCAUGGCCGAUGCAGUCAAAAGGGUGCCUCGGCUGGUCCUGGAUUCUCUUCCUGGCCGCUCCAGGAAGUACAGUGAGGAUGAGGGGGGAGACCCAGAUGUGCCCUUGUGGUGGUAUUUGGCCGCAUGCAUCUUAGCCUUGUUCAUGGCAAUGUUCGCCGUUGAGUGGUGGAACGUUGAACUGAGAUGGUAUGGUGUUUUGCUGGCGUGCACUGUGGCACUGGUAUUCUAUCCUGCAUUGGCUUUGGUCUAUGCCACUUCUAACCUCAAGAUCAAUAUCGAUAUUUUCUGCCGGAUCGUGGCUGGUUUCGUCUUUGAGGGCAACGUCCUGGCCAAUAUCUGGUUCUUCGACAUCGGAUACAUCACGACUAUCAAGGGUCUUUACUUUGCUCAGGAUAUGAAACUGGCUUACUAUUGUCAUAUCCCCCAACGAAAAUUGUUCCUGGUUCAAUGCGUUGGAAUGCUUGUUGGUACUCUCUCUUCACUCGGUGUCCUCAAUUGGGCCAUGAAUCACAUUACAGGUAUCUGCACUAGCGCUGCUGUCAAUGGUUUCAGUUGUCCUUACAGCAGCACCCACUUCAAUACUUCUUUGAUCUGGGGCGCGGUAGGCCCUCGUCGUUAUUUUUCGAGCCAAAUUGGCUAUUCCGCUUUACUUUAUUUCUUCAUCAUCGGUGCCAUUUUACCUAUCCCCGUGUAUUACAUGACCCGCCAAUACCCCAAGUCGCUUUGGAGAAAGAUUCAUGUUCCAUUAUUCCUUGGGGGGCUGAAUUACCUACCCCCUGCCACAGGAAUGAACUAUGGAAGUUGGGCUGUUGUCGGACUCACCUUCGGCUGGCUCGUUCGAAAGCGUCUGCAUGGCUGGUGGAGUAAAUACAACUUUGUGCUGAGCUCUGCAAUGGACUCAUCUGUAGGAAUCGCCGGUGCAAUAAUUUUCUUGACAAUUUAUUUCACUGGAGCCAGCAAACACUUCAACUGGUGGGGAACAGAGGUUCACAAACACACCUGCGACUGGAAAGGCUGUACAGCUCUUUCUGUACCAAAGGGCGGAAAAUUCGGCAUGUAG